AUGGCAGUGAAAAUCAAAAAGAAGUCGAGGGUGCCUGGAGUUAUGAUCACCCAGUAUGUGGAAGAACUACCUGAAGGCAUGAGCACCCCAGACUUCACUCGGAAACCCAUUGCUCUAACUAUUCAAGAAGGAAAACUGGCGAUCUUCAAAGCCGUCGUGACCGGCCAUCCAACACCAAGUGUGUCCUGGCUGAGAAAUGACGGGGAAAUUAAUGAAAGGUACCAAAUGGUCCAUGAUGCAAUUGCUGGUGAACACCAACUACAGAUGCCUAAUGUAUCGGCGGAUCAAGCCGACACCUACAAGUGUGUUGCCAGAAAUGAAUAUGGAAAAGCAUUUGUUAUGGUUACGCUUAAUAUUAUUGAGGCUGUCAGAGAGACACCUGAGGACUUCAAAAAGGCCUUAAAAAACAAGGUUGACAUUGAUGCAAAAGAAGAUAAAAAACCCGAAAUCGAUGAAAGAUUUUGGGAACUGUUGAUGAGUUCCGAAAAGAAAGAUUAUGAAAGCAUCUGUGGUCAGUAUGGUGUCACUGAUUUCCGUGGGAUGCUGAAAAAACUCAGUGAGAAGAAGGUUGAAAGGGAGCAAGAACAAUCAAAGGUUGUUGAAAGGCUCUGCAACCUAAAGCCCAUUGUAUUGAAGGCUGAUGGUGAUGCAGAGUUUGAACUUGAAAUGUCACUUAAAGACCCUACAAGCAAAAUCUUCUUAUUUAAGGAUGGAGUUAUGAUUCCUUUUGAUCUGGACACAGAAAUAAAACAUGGACUGAAGCAAGUGGGAAAGAAGUUUGUGUUUAGCAUCAAUGGUGUUGACCCAGAUGAUGCAGGAUUAUACCAAGUGGAGGUUGAUGGAGUUAAGAUCUUCUCGACGGACUUCAAACCGCCCCCUGCGGAGUUCUUGGUCAAGAUAGAAGACGUGAAAGCAGAGGAAAGAGAGGACGCUGCGUUUGUGUGUGUCGUCUCACAACCCCUGAAAAGGAUCAAUUGGUUGGGAAAGAAUAUCCCACUAGAGCAAGGGGAGAAAUAUGACAUCACUGUGUCAGAGGACAUGCUGAUUCACACAUUGGUGGUGAAGGACUGCCUGCCAUUGGACAAAGGAAUUUAUGCGGCUGUGACUGGACUUAAAUCCUGCAAUGCCUGGCUUAUACUGGAAGCCGAUCUUUUGAAGAUUGCCGAGGAGCAACAGGCUAAGAUACAGAAAGAGAGAGAGGAGCUGAUUGCAAAGGCAAAGGAAGACGCAGCAGCAGCCGCCGCGGCUGCAGCUGAGAAAGCAUUAGCCGACGCUAAAGCAAAAGCGGAAGCGGAAGCCCAAGCCAGAGCUAAAGCAAAGAAGAAGAAAAGUGUAAAGGCAGAAGGAGGAGAAGCAACCACUGUUGAGGAUGAAGAAGAGGAUGUAGAAGAAGAACAAAUGUUAGCUGAGCACAAACAUGAGGAAGGGGCUCCUGCUGAAGUUGCUGAUACUGAAGAAGAUGAGCCUGUUCAAGAGAAAAGAAAGAGACUGAAUUUCCAUUUAGAUCCAGGAGUGUACUUCACUGGCGGACUGUCAGAUGUAACUGCGAUCAUUGGUACUGAUGCAGAACUGGUCUGCAGGCUGAGCAGUGAGGACUGUGAUGGAGUCUGGUAUAAAGACGGGAAAGAGAUAACAGCUACAGAUGAUAUCUGUAUUGUUAAAGAUGGGACUUAUCGAAAACUGAUAAUCAAAAAUUGCAAAGAAGAUGAUACUGGAAAGUACCGCUGUGAAGCUGAUGGGCGUAAAACAGAAGCUGCGCUAAGUGUUGAAGAUCCUCCAAGAAUCAACCCUGAUGACCUCACUGAGUUCAUGAAACCUGUCAUAAUCAAAAUUGGGAAAGAAGCAGCCUUCAAAUUGUCCUUCGUUGGCCGGGAACCCAUGAAGAUCCAGUGGUACAAUGAGGGCGAAGAGCUGUUUGAGGACAGCCAUACCAGAAUCGACAAGUCUUCCUCAGACAGCCGCCUGGUGCUUACCAAGUGCCAACGCAAAAUCUCAGGAGAAAUUAAGAUUAAGAUUAAAAAUGAAUGUGGAACAACUGAGGCCAUCACGCAGCUCAUUGUGUUAGCAUACCCUGGACCUCCUUCUAUACCAAAAAUUGAAAGUGCUUUCAAAGACUGCAUCAAUCUUGCUUGGUCUGUCCCCACCAAUACUGGAGGAACCAACAUUUUGGGAUACAACGUGGAGAAACGCAAGAAAGGAAGUAAUCUGUGGGGCUUUGUCAACCCAGCCGAUGAGCUCAUUAAAGAGAAAAAGUAUGCAGUGAAGGAUGUUGUUGAGGGCAUCGAGUAUGAGUUCCGUGUAUCAGCUAUCAACAUUUCUGGUGCUGGAGAGCCAAGUGCGCCUUCUGAAUUUGUGAUUGCAAGAGAUCCAAAGAAGCCCCCUGGUCAGGUUAUUGACCUGAAGGUGACCGACUCCACUUACACCACCUUAUCCCUGGCCUGGACCAAACCCACGGAAGAGGAAGGGGUCCAAGAUGAAGCCAAAGGAUACUUUGUGGAGCUCAGACCUGCAGAAAACAUAGAAUGGGGUCGCUGUAACUCUAAUGCUAUCAUUGUGACCUCCUAUAAUAUUAUGGGUCUGAAGUCUAUGGCCAUGUACUGGGUAAGAGUUGUAGCCACCAAUGAGGGUGGAGACGGUGAACCUCAAGACUUGAACAACUACAUCAUCGCAAUGCCUCCUCCAGUGAGACCUCACUUCACCGACAAAAAAAUGAAGAACCUUAUUGUAAUGAAAGCUGGGGACUCCGCUCGAGUCACCUUCAACUUUCAGGCCUCUCCCAUACCAGAGAUCAAAUGGCUGAAGGACGGCGUUGCUGUCGCCAAGCAUGUGACAGUGAGCAACACAGACACGUCAUCGCAGUUAAUGAUCUCCUCAUCAGAGCGCCAUGACACUGGGAUCUACACAAUCAUUGUGAAGAACCUUGUUGGUCAGGAGACCUCAAGUGUUGAGAUAAGAGUCACAGAUGACCCCAAGUCUCCAGGCCCCGUGGAGCUGGAGGAGAACGUGCCAGGAACAGUGACAGUCUGCUGGAGUCCCUCUCCAGAUGAGAAGAAAGACGACAGGCUGCACUACCUGAUCACCAAGCGUGAUUCCGUUAAGCGUAAUUGGCAAACUGUGGCAGACCAUCUCUUCAAUAACAAGUUCACCGUCAUCAACAUCAUGCCUGGAACGCAGUACAAGUUCCGGGUCUAUACCAAGAAUGACAUGGGGCUUUCCAAACCCUCCGAGUCACCGAUCUGGGAAGUGAAGAGAAGAAAAGAAACAUUUUCUGUGAACCUUCCUGCCUCCAAAAGCUGCUGCUUUGAGACGCCUCCCUCUUUCUCUGUUCCGCUAAAAAUGCACAAAAGUCCAGAGAGCUACGAGUGCUACAUGAGUUGUGCAGUGACAGGAAACCCCACACCCUAUGUUACCUGGUGCAGAAAUAACAUCAGCCUCAACACCAACACUAACUACUACAUCACUAACACAUGCGGGGUUUGCUCCAUGCUGAUACUCAAAGUUGGACCCAAGGACAGCGGAGAUUACACCGUCACUGCAGAAAACACUCUGGGCAGAGCCGAGUGUUCAACAAAACUUGUUGUUGAAGAUUAAGGCGAUGCAGUGGGCCUGAACUCCUGACGACGCCUGUUCCCUUUAAAUUAAUGGAAUAUACAGUAAAGCUUUUUUUGUGAAUUACUGUAUUAAUGUGUUAUAAUAAACUGUGGAGAAGAAAAUAA